CCCUUUAUUUUAGGUGUCGAUUGCCUACUACCUUAAUUUCUAGCUACGUGUACCACUCCUAGCUGCCUGCAGGUCGUCGUUGCAAAUCCCCUUAUAUAUAAACACCCAGCAGAGCAGAUAGCUGAGCGCGCAGCAGGUCGUCUAAAAAAGCAGCAGCUGCUCUUCUCUUCUGCUAGCAGCUUUAUUUGCCUGCCUCCCUACCGGCGAGGGAGGUACGUGCGCCGAUCGAGAAGCAGCAGCAGCAAUUAAUAACUAAACAUGGAUCAGGCGGCGGAGGAGUCUUGUGUUCCCCCAGGCUUCAGGUUCCACCCUACGGAGGAAGAACUGGUGGGCUACUACCUUGCCAGGAAGGUGGCCUCCCAGAGGAUCGACCUCGACAUCAUCCAGGAGGUGGAUCUCUACAGGAUAGAGCCAUGGGAUCUGCAAGAGCGGUGCAAGCCGCAGCACGCCGGCGGUGGGCACGACGAGCAGACACAGGAGUGGUACUUCUUCAGCUACAAGGACCGCAAGUACCCCAGCGGGACGAGGACGAACCGCGCCACGGCGGCCGGCUUCUGGAAGGCCACCGGCAGGGACAAACCGGUGCUGUCGUCGUCCACCAGGACCACCAGGUGUAGCAGGGUCAUCGGCAUGAGGAAGACGCUGGUGUUCUACAAGGGCAGGGCACCCAACGGCAGGAAGAGCGACUGGAUCAUGCACGAGUACCGACUCCAAUCCAACGAGCACGCACCGGCGCAGGAGGAAGGCUGGGUGGUGUGCCGCGCUUUCCAGAAGCCUAUCCCCAACCAGCGGCCCUUCUUCCCCACCAGCUACGCCGGCUACUACGACCACAACCUCUCAACGACGGCACGGCUGCACGUAGACGGCGACCGCCAUUUCCUGGCGGGCUCAUCAGCAGCAGCAGCAGCACUGCUACAGCAGCCACCAGGGCUUGCAGGCAGCAGCUUCCCGCAGCUGUACUCCGACGACGACUUGGAGUCCAAGAAGCAGCUGUUGAGUAUCCCGCCGCUGGAGAGCCCCACUGCCAUGGCCUGCUGUUCCGACGCCGGCGGCUACGCGCAGAGAAGCAGCUACGAUGAACAUGAGAUGAUGAUGAUGAUGAUCCAGCAGGGAGGAGGAGGAGGAGAGCAAGCUGCAGCCGCCAUCGACUGGAACUUUCUGGACAGCCUGCUGUCCGCGACGUCGCAACUCCAUGGGCCCUCGGGAUCCUUGUUGCAGUGACCUCCGGCCAUCGUCGAUCGAUCCAUCUUUCUUUGAUCCAGCGGAGAACAUUAUUCAUUCAUCGGCAUUAUACAAUAUAUUUAUUAGUUGCAUACACACACAGAGUAUACGUAUAUGCUAAUAAUUCAGAUGUGUUCAUACACACUUCCAUUGUCAUGUGUAGUUCGUUGCGACUUACAUUACAGACUGCCUUAGAUGAUUCAGGUAUACUGUAUACAACAUGAUGCACAGUAUAGUAGGAGUAAGUGCACCAGUCUCAGCAGCUGGUAGCUAGCUAGCUAUGUAAAAUUCCUCCUUAAUUACAGCUAUGUAACAUAUAUAUACAGUUAUUAUUACUUACUGAUA